AUGCCGAGAUUGCUCGAGGAUGGUGAUGAUGGCUCGCUCAGUGAAGUCCCCAGUAUUCCCCAUGACGAAUUGGUCCCAGCAGGAAGAAGCUCGCAGCGUCCGGAGGUCUCCUCUCGCCUAGGCCAGCAUCGUCAGCCGAGUGAUGAUGGCUGGGUCCCAGCCCGAAGAAGGUCACGACGUCCGGAAGUCUCUUCUCACCGACGCCAGCAUCCUCAACGGAGUGUGGAAAAGGACACAGACGAUCUGGUGAUUCCAGGAAUGGAACCUAUAUCCCAGCUUAUUCGUCGGAGGCUGCUCGGGCGUGUGGUUUCAAGGGAUCCUGCGUUUUUCGAAACCCGCCAGGAAAGACAGAGAGCAAGGGACGUUGAAAACAUCUCCAACACAUCCGCGCAAGAGGUCGACCCUACUGAAGCCGAAGUUGUGAGAACUCUCAACUCCAUUACACUUGAUGGGCAUGGGGACACGGAAGGCGAAUGGACCGAAGGCGAAUGGACCGAAGGCGAAGGGACCGAAGGCGAAGGGACAGGGGGCGAGGGGACAGAAGGCGAAGAAACAGAAGGCGAAGAAACAGAAGAUCCUGACGAUGAUGAGGACGAGGAAGAAUUUGGAUUCUUGCCGGUUGUUGGACAGGCUCUGGAUGAACCUGUAUCGAACAAUGCGCGUUACGAGGUAGAGGUUGAUGAAGACAUCGUCACGCAUACAUCACAAACUGUCAAGGAAUAUGUGUCAGAUAUGAAGAUUUGCGAGCCGGGGGUCGCCUACACCAUGGCAGCUAGGCUUUUGAACACCAAAGGUUCACUUGAUUGGGCUGCCGAAAACAUUGAGUUUACAGAGGAAGGAGACAUGAGGGAUAAUAUUCUUAAUAUCCACCAUCUCGAUUUUCUAAGCAUCGAUGCGAUGCCCAAUACCAAUAUCGGAGGGGAUGAGCGGGGGAAUCUCUCAAACGGAAAACUGUCCUUUUGCCAAUGGCAUAAGCCGUAUCAGAGUUAUCGAGCGUCCACCGCCGAGCACUCUUUCUUUCGUCGAACAAUGCGCAUCGCAGAGGUCGAUAAUCAAGAGAUAUUCAUCGUGAUGAGGCCAAAACCGGACGAGCAGGCUCUCGACAUAGACAAUCACACUUUCACUGCCAGUCAGGCGCUAAGACGGUCAGCAAUGAGUCGACCGCAUGCCCAGCAGCUAUUGAUAUAUAUCUGCAAUAUCAUGAUGACGACUCGGCGGCUUAGCAGGCACGGAGUCACCAUGACUUGGAAGUUAGGGGGUUUAAACACUGCCGAUAUGGAUAGAAAGGAUUGGCGGAUCCUUUACUCCAAGAUGGUUGAGAGGUGGCCGGAGUUUCUCGCGGCUUGUCCAGAGCAUUACUGGAUACGUCAAGAGAUAACACUCCAUAUUUACGAGAUUGGCCAGGACGUCUGCAUCCGAUCGAGGGAUUGUUCCGAUGGCACCCUAGCUUAUUCACUUUCAAGAAUGUACGAUGCUGGCUCAGUCUCGACGUUCAUAUAUGCCUUAGCCACCAAUGUGUCUAUUGAAAGUGCAACUACUGAUGAGGGUGAUGGUACCACAAGCUAUGAAGCGAAGUCCACUCUUUUCGACACCAAGGAGGUCACCCGGGACUACCUCAAUGUACGCGGAGCUGGGUUGAGAAUCUUUCCAAUGGCGUUUAGUCCAUCAGUUUGUAGCUUUCAGGCAUUGAAAGCCCCACAAACCUAUCAGUCCGCUGUCAUUGACCCAAUAAACCGUCAUCUCCGUGAGGAGAAUCUAAUGGACGACAACGACGACGACGAGGAGCCAGAUUCGGCAGUAGUGAAGGUUGUACUCUUCCAGGGAUACAGCAUGUUGAAGCAAUACUGCCGCCACAGGCCAAACGAAUUCCUCCUGGGCCUAGGUACCUAUACCUGCACUCUUUGCGCACCCGAAAAGCUUGGCAAGGUACACACGGAUAAACAGACUAAGUAUUUCCAUGGCGUGUCCGCCGGUGCACCGUUCACGGCAUUUGAUAACGGCAUCGUCAACGCAGUAGCGAACGGAAGAGUCGGUUCCCGUUUUGAGCCUGUUAUCAGUGUUGAUUUCCAGGCGCUGAAAGAGGAGAAUCGAACGUGGGACUACAUAUGUGAGCACAUCAUACGACCUACACUACUGUGGACGGGCCGCGCGAGGGCUUUGUAUGGGACAUGGAUGCGGCUCUACGAGCCAUCGGUGUUUCCCGCGAUUCUUCGGGAUAUGUCUUAUAUAUUUCGAAUUCUACUGGACGGAUUGAUCGCUUUGUGGGUGAAAAAUAAGAAGCAAUCGGGGCUCAUUGCGGCCGAAGCUAUCGCCACCGUGGAGCGGCUCGCCAUCUUUAUGUUUACCGGCAAUCGUUCUCACAUACCUACUCGUGUAUGGCAAUACAUCGGCCUUCAACAAAAUCUCGAUAAUUUUGCCUGGCCAUUUCUUCUUCCGGGGAAGAUUGAUCUUCGUGCAAUUCCCAAGCCGGAAUCGCGGACAGCGAACUGGUGUAGGGAUGUUCAUAAUAGAACAUUGAUCCUUUCGCACCUGGCUAGCGUUAAGUUUCAUUUCGGCGAUGCAGCUGCUGCGCGGCGGGAGAUUUCAAUGUCCAUGCUAUCAGCUGAAGAGAUAAUCUCCACUGAUACUGCGACAACUAUGCUGCGACAGGCCAUAAGAAAAUUCAUGGUUCCACAACUACAGGAAGUCGUUUUGAAAUCUCUGCGAGAGCAGCAUAGCACCAUGUGCUCAAUCUCUGCCGCUGCCGCAAUCGGGUCGACACCAGAAGAUUUAGCGCUAGCAUCAGUAGAAGUUACCAAUAGGGAGAAUUUGCUAGAAACUUUCGGCACCUCCGAGCACCCCUUUGAAAAGUCCUUAAUGCAUCAAGUCAUCGAUCGGUUUUAUCAGAGAUCGCACGAUCGGCCAUGGAAAGACCCCAUUGUUCCUUUCCCGGCGUCGGAGUUGGAUAUCAUCCAGCCAUUGGACCUAGCGUCAAUGAUCAUGUCCUGGAAUCCUGAUACCUCUCGAUGUAUACCGUUAGCCCCGUCCACACGAUAUAUACGAUGCGGCCCACUUAGUCUUUCUAAGAAGGGCAUGUCGUGGGUCGACACAAUGUUCGAAACCAUGCGGGCCGGCAGUUUGUUGACGGUAAAUCAGUGGUUGGAAGCAUUGAGGUCAGCACUUAGGUGGGAGUGUAUUGAGAUCAUCCCGGGACCGUAUAACGGUUGCCUAUCAGGCCGCCGAUUCACCAGGGUUUUGGAGUACACCGGGUUUAAUACGAAUAAGAAGCGUGCGCGGCGGGAGACUCCUGCGGAGGCUAUGGAAAGUGCGGUAAAACGCCUGCGGACCGUGACACGUCUCCCUCUUUCAGUGCCACUAGAGGAAACACCCGCGGACUAUGCGAGCGGUAUGCGUGUAGUGUUGCAGAGAUACGACAAAUCAACUUCCGAUCCAGAGGGUGUACCCGGAGCGCACAUAUCAGCGUUCUUGCGACGUGCUGCGGCAGCAUUGGACCUUGAUGAGCCCUCUCAUAAUCUCUGCCUGCUGAUUGGUUACGUUUUAAGCCGAAAUACACCUCCGCCAAUUGCUACUUGUUACAGUCGGUUGAGCCCGGAACGCUUCGUCUUGGCCGAUGGGACCAAGCUUGGGACCCCGCGGGAUCAAUGGUACUUUAUAUUUAUGAUCCGCUGUUUGAUGUGGCUUUGUCCCGAAGUAAAUCGUGAGGAGCCUGGGCAUUGCCCAGCCAGAAUUGUCUUGAAAAUAUUUGAACACAAGAAGGUCAACAAUCGUUUGUUGGAAGGUCUCAAGAUUUGCGUUCGGACUAAUGGCCAUCGGCUUUGGCCCAAAUCCAGUGAAAUGAAGCUCAACACGGAAGCUUAUUUCUUGCAGACGAUGACUGAGGCCACUGCUGCGUCGAAGAUUGGCGCGAAGAGGGUCAUGCAAAUGUGGUUGCCACCAGCCAUGGUUGAUAGGGCAGUGGCGUUGCUUGAAAGCGGAAGCAGUGAGGAGGGAAACUAUUAG